UGGCUGUCUCGCCGGGACUUGGGGCACCAUAUGGGCAAGGGGCCGAGUUCUUAAAUCUCUUUUGGGAGAGAGCAGGGUGAAAAUGGGAUGUAAGAGGGAAAGAUGGGCUUGGAGCCUGAGGCCCUGGCACUGAGGCUGUGGAGUCCAACGUCCAGCCUUGCGCAGCGAAAACCUCAAAAAGCCCGGGGAGCCGAGCCGACCCUGAGAUAGAAGGCGGGAGCACCGCCCAGGACCUGAGUUCCUGGAGUCCCUGGAGCCUGACCUGCCGGCCCUGAGAGCCAUGGGGCUCCACCUGUGGGCUGCAGGCGCUGAAAGCCAUCCUGCUGGAAUCAGCGAUUUGCUGGCUGAGGCCUCAGCUGAAGUGGAUGAACCAGUGCCUGGAUAUCUGUCUGCCCCCAAGAACAUAAUGGACACGUGCCUGUAUAUCUUCACCUCUGGCACGACGGGCCUCCCCAAAGCUGCUCGGAUCAGUCAUCUGAAGAUCCUUCAAUGCCAGGGAUUCUACCAGCUCUGUGGUGCCCACCAGGAUGAUGUGAUCUACCUCGCCCUCCCACUCUACCACAUGUCUGGCUCCCUGUUGGGCAUCGUGGGCUGCUUGGGCAUUGGGGCCACAGUGGUGCUGAAGUCCAAGUUCUCAGCUGGUCAGUUCUGGGAGGACUGCCAGCAGCACAGGGUGACGGUGUUCCAGUACAUCGGGGAAUUAUGCCGAUACCUUGUCAACCAGCCCCCGGACAAGGCAGAGCAUGGACAUAAGGUCCGGCUGGCGGUGGGCAGUGGGCUGCGUCCAGACACCUGGGAGCGUUUUGUGCGCCGCUUCGGGCCCCUGCAGGUGCUGGAGACGUAUGGGCUGACUGAGGGCAACGUGGCAACUUUCAACUACACUGGACAGCAGGGUGCUGUGGGGCGGGCUUCCUGGCUUUACAAGCAUGUCUUCCCCUUCUCUUUGAUUCGCUAUGAUGUCACCACAGGGGAGCCAGUUCGGAAUAUCCAAGGGCACUGUGUGGCCACAUCCCCAGGUGAGCCAGGACUGCUGGUGGCCCCUGUGAGCCCGCAGUCGCCAUUCCUGGGCUAUGCUGGGGGGCCUGAGCUGGCCCUGGGAAAGCUGCUGAAGGAUGUCUUCCGGCCUGGGGAUGUUUUCUUCAACACCGGGGACCUGUUGGUCUGCGAUGACCAAGGCUUUCUUCGCUUCCAUGAUCGUACUGGAGACACCUUCAGGUGGAAGGGGGAGAAUGUAGCCACGACUGAGGUGGCGGAGGCCUUGGAAACCCUGGAUUUUCUUCAGGAGGUGAACGUCUACGGAGUCACUGUCCCAGGGCACGAAGGCAGGGCUGGGAUGGCAGCCCUGGUUCUGCGUCCCCCGCACUCUUUGGAUCUCGUGCAGCUCUAUGCCCAUGUUUCUGAGAACUUACCACCUUAUGCCCGGCCUCGAUUCCUAAGGCUCCAGGAGUGUCUGGCCACCACAGAGACCUUCAAGCAGCAGAAGGUUCGGAUGGCAAAGGAGGGCUUUGACCCAAGCACGCUGUCCGACCCGCUCUACAUUCUGGACCAGGCUGGGGGCGCCUACCUGCCCCUCACCCCUGCCAGGUACAGUGCUCUCCUGGCUGGGGACCUUCGCAUCUGAGAGCCCUCCACACCAGGGCACCUGAGGGAGAGACUUCGUGGGGCGGGGGGAUUGCAGGUGUAUCAGUUGCUGUCAGGGAUUUUUUUUAAUACCAGGUUUGUAAUCAUUUUGUAAUAAAUGUAGCCAGAGCCAAUCUGGCUGUGUCUUUCUGAUCUACA